ACACCAGAGGAAGUGAGACGGUUCCCAUGGAAAUACAACAGAUCCACCAAGUCGUCCCCCUUUCUGACAUCAUCGAUACUACCCAGGAGGAAAUGCAACAGAUUCACCAAGUCAUCCCUCUUACUGACGUCAUUGAUACUACCCAGGGCGAUAUGUCUCUCUUUACGGAGGGAAGCUUUUUCUCGCAACAAAGUGAUGCUGUCUUCAUACAGCACUCAGAAACGUCUGUAUCGACUGCUCCGUUGGACCAGGCCCAGUCAGACCCGGAUGAGCCUAUAUUCAUCCUCUCCCUGACUGAAAUCCCAGUACUUCCCACAGGGGAGGAGAAUGGCUGCACAUCCCAGACCCUCUCCGAGCCUUUCUUUUUUCUACCAGUCGCAGGCGCUCAACUGCAGCAGAGCAGUGAUAUUGUUGCCCCUGGWGGUGGUUUGGAGAAAGGGAAUGCUGGUAUCCUCUGUGAAGUCCCUGAGCCUAUGUCAGUGGAUGAGGUCCUUCCUCAACCCUCAUACACCAGUAUCAAGGAAGUGGAGUCUGGCUCCACAGCGGGCCCAGUAGGUGUGUGUGCCUCGGCCAAACCCUCAGAAGACUCGAUGGCUGAUGCAGCGACUAGUGAGGACACAUAUCCUCCUUCUAAGAAGAGGAAAGUGCCAGAGAGAGCCAGGAGAGUAGACAAACUGCAGGUGAGACCUAACACUGCAGUAAGGAAACAGACCAGUCGUUCGGCCCCUGCCAAGGAGGCUGUGUCACCCGUUACCCCAGACCAGACCACCUCUUUGACCACUACCACCCUAGACCCUGACCACCCCACUGCCUCCAGUCCCCCGGCCCAGCCAGGCCCCUCCGUCACGGGAACCGCAUCACAAGAGGUGGUGGCUGAUGAGCCACAGCAGGGGACUGUGGGCUGUUUAGAUCGUACAGAGACAGAGCACACGCCGACUGGAGGGGAGGACAAUAGUUCAGGGGCGGAGUCUCAGGCUGCCCGUCAAAUUACACCGCUGGCAAUGAGUGGCCCCUUGAGCAGGCCUGGUAGGAGACCCAGGGGAUUCCUGUCUUUCAUGUCCAAUAAGAACAYCUCCCCUGUAGCUUCCCCCCCCCGAUGUACCAGAGCAGCCACUCGGAGGCCCCUGGUCAACACCACCCGCCCAGGGGGGAAACGGGCUGCUCCUGCACCUUCCACCACCACCACAACCAUGCCUUCACCUUCCACAACGCAUAACACCACCACCCCCACUAGAGCCACCAGAACCACGACUAUGCCAGAUUUUUCCRCCAGGGUGCCUCGGGAAAAACCCUCUGAUGUCCUGGCCUUACACUCAGACCCAGAGCCCAGUACUUCCCUGUGUACUACAGCUACUGAGUCUUCUCAGGUGCCAGCCRCCCAGCCCAGCGCGUCUCCCUGUGUGGACAGCGGUUCAGCAGACGAGGAACCCAUCAACGUGUCCCAGUACUUCUUCAGUGACAUCUUCACCGAGGUCGAGGAGAAUGAGGGAUGAGAGACGGGAGGAAGGGAAAGGAGAUUCAAGAAGGCACUCUUUGACUCUUUGUUUGAAUCAAACUGGAGAACAAAAUGUUAAGUACUUAAGAAAACAUGUUUUUGUAUCUACCACUGAAAUUACGUUUCUGCUUGCUUGUGUUUAUGCGAACAAGGUUUCAUGCUUGCAGUGAACAGAUUUGGUCACAAGAUGGCAACAGUGAAACCAAACUAGGGAAAAUUCCUCUUCAAAUUUUUUGGGGGACCAAACUGCCGCGCCUUGAAGCUAAUUUCCUAUAUUGAACGAUUACGUUUUUUGGCUCUUUUACCCCAAUCAUAUCAUCUAGCCUAUUGAGUAAUCUAUUCAUUCUAAUAACAUAUUUAUAUUUAUUUGGUUUACAUUUUUUCAAACCACACCAAGCUAGACAGUCAUGAUAAUUUCCCUMUUGUCUGCAUGAAGGAGAAUACUUGAAAUCAGUGUCACCUCACUCUACUACAGAGUCUUCCACAUUCAAAUUUGUGUUCGUAUUUGAAAUAUUGUUUACAUAGGUAGCCAUUGUCUUAACAUGAGCAUUGUGUAUGUAUAUAGGUUUAUUAUAAUUUAGAUCAGAUAUAUUGGAGGGGUAUGUACGCUUGACGUUUACUUUGGUUUUUCACUCUUCGUGCAUGAACAAGACCCGGCWUUGCAGCUUGAGGGGCGCCACAGCGAAGUCUCUUUAUUUCAUGCUCCCUGAAGAUACAGGAAAUAUAAUUUCAAAUGGCGCUGGAACAGAAUCCUCUAGUUUAAUCCAUGUACAGUGACAAACUCACGGAAACAGUGCACAGAUCAUGAGUCCAAUUUCAGUUCUCAGUUAUCGAUUAUGUUCUGCAGCCACUGUUGGUUCAAACUAACAUAGCUGUUCUGUAGYUCAUGUAAAAUAUGUGAAUAAAGUUUUAUACGUUAACGUCUA